GAUCUCUCACGUUGGUCGAGUUUUCUAUUACGGCGGCGGCCAUCGCUUUCUUCUUCUCCUCCAGGCCUUCAUUGGUAUUGCUGAUUCCCUGAAGGUCAGCCAUGGAGGGAGUUAAAUUCCCAUUUGGUGGGAUUAUUAACGAUUUCAACGGAAGAAGAAAGUGUUACAAACAAGACUGGCUUGCUGCCUUCAAUUCUGGUGUUAGGAUACUGGCUCCAACUCUGUAUAUUUUCAUUGCCUCUGCACUACCUGUGAUUGCUUUCGGUGAGCAGUUAAGCAGAGAGACAGAUCGCAGUCUUGGCAUAGCGGAAUCAUUAGCUUCCACAGCUAUUUGUGGAAUUAUUCAUUCAAUUUUUGGUGGACAACCUCUCUUGAUAGUAGGGGUUGCAGAACCCACAAUCAUUAUGUAUACAUAUCUUCACAGCUUCAGCAAAGGCAGGCCUGAAUUGGGUCAGAAACUCUACUUAGCUUGGGCUGGAUGGGUCUGUGUCUGGACAGCAAUUUUGCUUAUGCUUCUUGCUAUGUUAAACGCAUGCAACAUCAUCUCUAGGUUUACAAGAAUUGCAGGAGAGCUCUUUGGAAUGCUUAUCACUGUUCUUUUUAUCCAAGAGGCUGUUAAGGGACUUAUCGGCGAGUUUCUUGUCCCAAAAUCUGACGAUCCAAGUUUGGAAGUGUAUCAGUUCCAGUGGCGGUAUACCAAUGGUCUCCUUGCCGUCAUAUUCUCAUUCGGUCUUCUUUACACUGCUCUGAAAAGCAGGAGGGCAAGAUCAUGGAAAUAUGGCUUUAGGUGGAUAAGAGGUUUUAUAGGGGAUUAUGGAACUCUCCUCAUGCUUGUGUUGUGGAGUGCAUUUUCAUACACAGUCCCUAGAAACCUUCCUGAAGGAGUUCCAAGGAGGCUGGAGUUGCCACUUCCUUGGGCAUCCGAGUCCUUGUAUCACUGGACAGUUGUCAAGGAUAUGACAAAGGUCCCGCCUCUUUACAUCCUUGCUGCAUUUAUACCAGCAAUCAUGAUCGCUGGCCUAUACUUCUUUGACCACUGUGUAUCUGCACAAAUGGCUCAGCAGAAGGAGUUUAAUCUCAAAAAUCCCUCGGCUUAUCACUAUGAUAUCUUUAUCUUAGGAAUCAUGACAUUAAUCUGUGGCCUACUUGGACUCCCUCCUUCGAAUGGGGUCAUUCCACAAUCCCCAAUGCACACAAAGAGUCUUGCAGUUCUUAAGAAGCAGCUAAUGCGAAAGAAAAUGGUCCAGAAAGCAAAAGAAUGCAUGAGGGAAAAAGCAAGCAACUCAGAGAUCUAUGGGAGGAUGCAAGAUGCUACUUCAGUGGUGAAAGAGUUAGAAAACUUGAAAGAAGCAGUGAUGAAAGCAGACGAUGGAGGUGGAGAAACAAAGGGGAAGAAAUUCGAUCCAGAGGUACAUAUCGAAGACCAUUUGCCGGUUAGAGUAAACGAGCAGAGAGUGAGCAAUCUAUUGCAAUCAAUCCUUGUUGGAUUGUUGAUACUAGUUGUACCAGUUCUCAGAAUGAUACCAACUUCAGUUCUAUGGGGUUACUUCACUUACAUGGCUGUUGAUAGUCUCCCUGGGAAUCAGUUCUGGGAAAGACUUCAGUUACUAUUCAUCACUCCUGGUCGUCGAUUCAAAGUUCUUGAAGGUUUACAUGCAUCAUUUGUGGAGAUAGUACCAUACAAGUCUAUUGUUAUGUUUACACUCUUCCAGCUUCUGUAUUUUCUGAUAUGCUAUGGAGUGACAUGGAUACCUGUAGGAGGAAUAUUGUUCCCAUUGCCAUUCUUCAUCCUCAUUGCGUUAAGACAAUACAUCCUCCCUAGGCUUUUUGAUCCAUCUCAUCUCCAAGUUUUAGAUUCUUCAGAGUAUGAAGAGAUGGUUGGUGCACCACAACGAAAAUCCAGCUUCGGUUUCAAUGGGGAAUUAGGAGAGGCGCAUAAUAUUCCACUGAGUGUUGUUGAGAACAGUGAAGACGAGUUUUAUGAUGCAGAGAUUCUGGAUGAGAUUACUACAAGCAGAGGUGAACUCAAGCAUAGAACUUUAAGUGUCAAAGAAGACAGAUCCCAGAUGGUAUAUCCAGAAAACAGUGGACACUCCUAAGUCUUGUUUGAAAGAGAAAAAAAAAAACCUUGUGAAGAUCUUUGCUUCGAAGAAACGGCAAAUUAAAAG